CAAUGAUCACGUCGCACCCCAACACCACCAUGGCCAUUAAGGGCCAGAUUAAGGAGCUGAACUGCACAGCGAGGGGGGAAUGGCCUAUCAUCAUCCGUUGGGAGCGUGGUGACACGGUCAUCGACCCCGACCGUAACCCUCGCUACGCCAUCACCACCAGCCCCAACGAGAAGAGUGACGAAGUAUUGUCUACGCUGAAGCUGAAGCCAGCAGAGCGAGGUGACUCGGUCUUCUUCUCCUGCCAUGCCAUCAACUCAUAUGGAGAGGGCCGGGGCCUCAUCCAGCUCACUGUGCAAGGUCAAGCCCCAGACCCUCCAGAGUUGGAGGUGAGGGAGGUGAAGGAUCGGAGUAUGAACCUGCGCUGGACACAGAGAUUUGACGGCAACAGCAUCAUCACCAGCUACGACAUUGAGUACAAGAACAAGACCGAUCCGUGGGAGUUGAAGCAUGCCACUCGUAAGAUCUCUCCCACCAAUAACCAGGCCAACAUCGUGGAUCUGCACCCUGCCCAAGUCUACAGCAUCCGCAUGUUCUCCUACAACAAGAUCGGACACAGUCAAGCCAGCAAGGAGCUCACCAUCAGCACAGAGGAAGCACAGCCGGAUGGUCCUCCUAUGGAGGUUUUCCUCCAGCCUAUGACCUCACAGAGCAUCCGCGUCACCUGGAAGGCCCCCAGGAAGGAGCUUCAGAACGGGGUGAUCCGGGGGUACCAGAUCGGUUACCGUGAGAACGGGCCGGGCAGUAACGGCCAGUACAGCAUCGUGGAGAUGAAGGCUACGGGGGACAGCGAGGUGUACACCCUGGACAACCUGAAGAAGUUUGCCCAAUAUGGAGUGGUGGUCCAGGCCUUCAACAGGGCCGGCACAGGCCCGUCCAGCUCUGAGAUCAACGCUACCACACUGGAAGAUGUGCCCAGCCAGCCUCCCCAGAACGUGCGGGCCAUCUCGGUGACAUCAGACGAGGCGGUAAUCACGUGGGCGGAGCCCCCGCGUCUGACACUGCACGGCGUGCUGAAGGGCUACCGUGUGGUCUUCUGGUCCCUCUUCCCCGACGGAGAAUGGGGCGAGAUGCAGAAGAUCACGAAAUCGUGA